AUGGCGUUCCGAGCCGCCGCGGGCCUCCGCGCGACCGCGCUGCGGCGCUACGUCCGCCCCACCGCUCCCGCCUCCUCCCGCUCCGCCGCCACGGCGGCCACCGCCGCCGAGCACCACAGGGCCGGCACCGGCGGCAAGCUCCCGCGCGGCGACUACGUGCCGGUGUACGUGGCGCUGGGCCUGAUCGCGCUGUCGGUGACGCUGGGCCUGCACACGGCGCGGCAGCAGCUGGCGCACGCGCCCAACGUGUGGAUGGACAAGAAGAAGCGGGAGACGGUGCCCGAGGUGGUGGCGCCGGAGCUCGCGCUGGACGAGGCCGAGCGUUUCGUGGACCGGUCGCUCUUCCGCAAGGUCGCGCACGUGCAGGACGACCGCAGCCUCGCCGCCGGCGUCGCCGACCCCGUCGCCGAGUACCCGACGAAGAAGGCGGUGACGCUCAAGGACGUGGGCGUGGAGACGCCGGGGAUCGAGCGGAGCAGGGAGGGCGUCCUCGACAAGAUCUUCAAGAAGAAUCACGCUUAA